CCGGCUUUGAAAGCAGGAACUAGUGCUGAACUCGGCGGCUGAAGGAUGGGUAGCGGGUUCUGGGGCUUCUGCUUCUGGUUGGCUCUGCAGCCAGUCUCCCAGGCGGGCAGGCAACAGACGUGGCCGGUCCCUUACAGUUUAUACUCCCAGUGCCCUAUUAGCCGAUCGGAAAUCUCCCAGCAAAGAGCAGAAAAUAUUUUUAGUAUUGUUGACGGAAAGCUGAGAAUUGGCCAAGAGCACGGAACUGAAACAACAUUAAACUCUCACUGGAAACGCUUGGUAUUGGUAAUUGGUUUAUUAUUGUCACAUGUACCGAGAUACAGUGAAAAACUUAGUUUUGCAUGCCAUCCAGACAGAUCAUUUCAAAACACGAUUCGAUCAUCGGCCCACACCUGAUCCUUUCUGCCAGCCCAAAUAUCCCUUCUGCCCUACAGGGUCUCCUGAUGGAGAGAUUCCUCCAAUGAAAGACCAGGAUGUCAUUGAAGUUUACCGGCUUCAGACUCCUGUCUGGGAGUUCAAAUACGGAGAUCUUCUCGGACAUUUUCAUAUCAUGCAUGAUGCAAUUGGCUUCAGGAGCACUCUGACGGGUAAAAACUACACAAUGGAGUGGUAUGAGCUCUUUCAACUUGGGAACUGCACUUUCCCACAUCUUCGACCAGGCAUAGCUGCUCCUUUCUGGUGCAAUCAAGGAGCUGCCUGUUUCUUUGAGGGAAUAGAUGAUCUGCAUUGGAAAGAAAACGGGUCCUUGGUGAAAGUUUCUGAAGUAACAGGUGAAAUAUUUAACAAGCUGACCAAGUGGGUGAAGGAAGACAACCGAACUGGUAUAUACUAUGAGACGUGGACUGUUCAAGCUGAUCCUAAUCCAGGCACCAAAGUAUGGUUUGAAUCUUAUGACUGUUCGGCAUUUGUGUUGAGAACUUAUAAGGUGCUAUCAAAGUUAGGUGCUAUCUUCAAGAGCCCAAUACAGACCAAUUAUACCAGAAUAUUUCUGUACAGUGGUGAACCUACCUAUCUAGGUAAUGACAGCUCUAUAUUUGGGCCAGAUGGCAACAAGACAUUAGCAGAAAAAAUUAUUUCCUUUUAUCUUCCGUUUAAACCUCCACAUUCAGCAAAAGAAUUUGUAUCCAGCCUUUUGGAAAUAGUUGAUAAGGUUAUAGUACAGAAGACUUUUUACCUUUAUUUCAAUUAUGAAUAUUGGUAUUUGCCAAUGAAAGAACCCUAUAUUAAAAUAACAUAUGAAGAAAUUCCUUUGCCUUCUAAACCAAAAUGAAUCAAGUACUUUAACAUAUGAGUAAUUUCUUCUUGCUUUUUUUUACUCAUCUGUGAUUCUUGGCUUGUUUUACAAAACUGUGUGCAAUGGUCAAGUAAUGUUUUUAUUCAUUUUACUUAAUAUCAGUAAACAUUCAGACAGCAGUAAGCUAAACUUCAGAGAUGAAGAGUAUUAAUUGGUUAUAACAUAACGGGCACUUUUAAUUAUUUCAAAACUUCCCCAAUGUUGACUCACAAAUGCCCAGAAAAGGCAGCUAAGUUUGUUGACUGAUCAUCAAGGAAUUGGUUAUGAACCGUUCAUAGAUUUAGUGAGACUGGAGUGGUCAAGUAUGCCAUGAGCUAUGGAGCUGGGGCUUGGAAGAGGUAGGGGAAAAAUUCCUUGGGGGAAAUGAUGUGAUGGGAAUGGAUAGAAUAUUGUCAAAAACACAUUAUGUUCUGAACUUCAUUGUCAGUGUGACUUGAUACUGGUGUGAUAUCUUGGAUAAACAUUUUAAAUAAAGUGUCAUGUUUAAUGUCCAUCCUUAUUGUUAGCUGUUUGUUAGGGCAUUUCAGAGGGCAGUUUAGAAUCAACUAAAUUGGUGAAUCUUAGACAUGUAUAAACUAGACAAAGGGUGGUAGGUUUCCUUCCCUGGAAGACAUCAGUAACCCGACUUUUCAGCUGUUCAUUUGUUUCAAUGUAUCAUUAUUACAGGCUCCUGCUUUCAUUCCAAAUUGACUUAAUUACUUGACUAAUCCUGUGGAAUUCAAAUUUAUCUCUUGAUCAAUAAUCCAGGCAUGUGAAUAAUUAUUCCAGUAAUUUGAUCAUUCUGUGACCACAUUUGCUUUUCUUCCCUUACCCUAUGUUGAACACUACCAAUUUACAUCUACGUUAUCCCUUGUUUGAGCUUCAGUGGUUAAAGCUCUCAGAAUUGUCAAGGACUAAUCAGGCAACAGAUCCUCUACAUCAUUCAGAUGCUAAUGUCGUUAAACUGGAUUCAUUUCUGCUAAUAUCACAAAUUCCUCUGUGCUGUUCAAGAAACAGAAUAAAUAUUUUCUUUAAGUCAGAACCUUUUUAGUAAAUAGUCUCACUGGGACAUCCUGAAUAAACAUUAUUCCAUGUUCUGCAUAAGUGGUGGCAAGAGCUCCAAUGAACUGAAUUAUCCAGUUUACCUCCUCACCAGCCUUUCUAACCAAAUGAGAAUGAGCAGUAUGAAAACUUGACACACUGCCAACCCCAUAAUGAUGUGUUAUGUUGCACACACAUCCUUCUGUUUGUUCAGUUGUUCUAUGACAGCAAGUGCUAAAACAGCAUUUAAUUCACCAAAUAUCACUUGCUUGACCAGUAUUAUCAUAUAAAUAUUUAAAGAAAUAAAGUUUGUUUCAUGAAGUCAUUUUGUGUUGAGUUCUACUUAAUAACUGUAAAGGGGAAGAGAGAGAGAGAAAAAAAAUUGUAUUCAAGUGAGAUUCCCAGCAAUAAAAUAAAGAGGUCUAACUGGAAAAUGAAACCGUUAUCUGUGGUUUGCAAUAAAGAUCACCAUAACAGCUGACAUUUCUCCUUACUGCUUGACAUUGCCCCAGACCUAAUGGACCAUGGGCACUCAAUCUCAUUAGGUGAAGAAAGUGUGUUGAGUGUCUUGUACCUUUUUGUCAUUGCUAGAGAGGGCCAGAGAUUAUCUGGGAAGCAUCAAGCCUUCCUUUGAGUCUCAAGAUCCAGCAAAAUAUGUGGGGAUCUCGACUAUUGAAACUGUGCAUGCAAGUUCAUGGCCUGCGGCAUCUCUCUGCAUCUUGCAGUGCCUCCAGUGCACUUCACCAAACAUGCAGCUUCUGUUGUGCUUUGUAAUGUUCAGCAACAGACAGAAUCUUUAUCUGAUGAACUGUUGAAUUGGGAUGACAGUUGUUUUGUUACCUAAAAGCUUAUUUGAAUA